UAUGCGGUUGCAAUGAGCUUGAUAGCCUUCUCCCUUUGACAUUUCUUUCUCUUACUUCUCUCUGCAUCUUUCUCAUGGCAUCAGAGGUUCAAGCAAAGCCGAAAUGGGAAGGUAAAACCUCAGCCGAGCUCAAAAGCUCACCAGCACAACAGGUCUGGCCUUUCCUUGCCGAUUUCUGCAACUUACACAAAGUCUUCCCAGGCCUUGAAACUUGCUACCAAGUCGAGGGAGUCCCCGGCCAGCCGGGCCUGAUCCGCUGCUGCGCCGGACUGGCUAGCAAUAACGACGAGAGCACCGUAAUGUGGGCCAAAGAGAAGCUGAUUGCGGUUGAUCCAAUCAAACGGUGCUUCAGCUACCAGAUGCUUGAGAAUAACAAGGGGUACAAGUCGUAUGUUGCAACCAUGCAAGUGGUUCCGGUGAUAAACGACGAUGAAGGGUGCAUGAUUGAGUGGUCCUUUGUUUCUGAUCCGGUGGAAGGGUGGGGAUUGGAGGAGUUUCAGUCUUAUCGUGAGUCGAGUCUACAAGGGAUGGCAAAGAAGAUUGAGGAUGCUCUUCAGCCCAGUACUAGUGCUACCGUGUGAUGAUUUACGUUGUGUUCUUGCUCAUUAUAUUGUUGUGGUCUCUGUAAUGAUUCUAAGACCAGAAUGUUGUACUUGUUAAGUCUUUUAAUUGUUAAUUGUUUUGAAUAAGCAGAAGUCCUAUUCUACGAGGAGUUUGUUGGUGUUUACCAAGUCUUUAGGGAAAUCCCAUGAACUCAGGAUUUGUUAGUCAUGGGGUUCCAUUGUUCCAAUAUCUUGCUUUCAUAUUGUUCAGUUUCUCUGACAAUCUAU